AUGUGGGUACGGCAUCCGAAAACUGUGGGCCUCACUGUGAGUAAUUAUGACCUCGAUCGCCGCGCUGCUCAUCCCUAUAAUAACAUCUUCGAUUACCCAAGCAGUGGGAACAGAAAAUUUCAGGAUAUCAUCCUUAUUCCAUCUUUUGUGAUUGGCACGGAUGCCGGGCGCUGCCUCGUCCAAGGAUGGUUCUCUUCGCUCAGCUCGUCCUCUUCUUCGCCGACGUCAGCAGGAGCGGCAGCCGCGGUCACGCUUCUCUUCCGCAGGGUUACAGAGAACGCUCUGCCGGAUCGCAGGUCCUUCGCAAAACAGAUGGAAAGACCAAGGUUAAAUGACUCGAUAUGGUCGACGUGCCUCGGCCAUACUGGGCACCACAUCCCUUCCCAGGUACAACAGCCGCCGCCUCACACAUUCAACCAGGGGGGGGAGUAGGCAGUCUAUCGUCUCCCAGGACAGCCACAAGUGAAUUGUGUGGAAUAAGGCCAUGUAUGCUUUGUGACUGACGGGUGAGCAUUAAAUGGCUUGAAUAAAAUGACAUGCUGGCCUCUUUAUUCUGCAUUUAAGCAUAGUAAUCUGCCCCAGUGCAAGCGGAAUGGAAUGCUUCCUCGAACCAUGAUUCAAAGAGGAUGUUCGGGACUUCAACUUGCAUUGGCGAUGAAGUGGCGGGGAGAGGACGGUGUAGUCCUACUCUUGAACCAUAUUAGUAAUUUAUGCGUUAAUGUAUUCAAAUAUUGGCACAUGAAUUUGUUUAUUCCUUCAUUCUAGAUAAUUUUGUUAUUUCUAUUAUUUUUCCAUGCUGUUUAUAUCUGUAUUUAUUAAUAUGACUGCGCAUUUAUUUAUUUGUCUAUUUUUAUAUUGUAUACAUACAAAUACGACGUAUACUGUACGUAUACACCAUAAGAUUUUUUUUAUGGUUAAGAUUCUUUUUUAUGCAAGAUAAAUUUAUCACUGAAAGUAUUCAGUACAUUUAGGUCUAGACUGUAUUUUUCACGAUCUGCCUGCUUGUUAACCUAUAAUCAUUGUAAUU